GGGUACAAAAAAGUCAUGAAAAUGUUUGCUCUCAGUGCUAACUAUUCUGGAUAACAGCGUGUGGAAAUUACUUGAAUGUAAAGGAAGUGGUUUACCUGGGAAUAUCCUUUAAAUUUUCACUUCAUGAUCCCUCCCUCUCCUGAACACCCUCCCUCUCUUUCCCCUUCACCCAAAUCUACAAUGUUUCUAAAAGAAAAACCAGGAUAUCAUGGAUAUUAAGUUGUCAAGAGGGAGAGAAAGAAAGAGUUAAAGGGAGAGAUUUCCUACAAGCAACAGUGAUGGAAACUGAGUUAUUGUAUCUCCCCCUUCUAAUUUCAGUGUUCUACAUACCAUCCUCAUGCUUUCGUCAGUAUCACCCGAUUUAUACCCCCUUGAAUUGGACUGAUGCCAUGAGUUACUGCAGAAGAAACUACAUUGACCUGGCUACCAUAGAGAAUACAGAGGAGCUGAACAGGCUUAGUACAAGUGUCGGCUAUAACACCUGGUUCUGGAUCGGACUGAAGAGGGACGACAUGAACCAUUGGGGCUGGUCUGACAAUAGUCCAUACUCAUUCACCAACUGGAUGGACGGAUUGCCCUUCACAGAUCCUUCUUUCAGUUGCACUCUGAUGUAUAUGUUUCCCUACAUUCCAUUGUAUACUAAAUAUUACAACUAUCUAUGUUAUUACCCCAUGACUUUCAUCUGCUACACUGGUAAGUUCAACAAAAUCCUAAAUAUUUAAUGGAUAUUGUGAGAAUUCUGACUGACCCCAUGAUUCACUACUGUGGGUGAUUUAUUUUCAUGUAGAGACAACCUACUCCAUUAACUACAGCCACAAUCAAAACUACUCCCACAACCACACCCACAAACAUCCUGGCGAUUGCUUCCAUAACCCUAACAACUCCCCUUUCAUUCACUUGUUGCGGUUGGGUCUUAUUGUGUGUUAGCUUAUUUUGAGCCAGUGUUUGGUUUUAUUGUGUAUUUGGCGUAGCGUAGUUUUAUUUUUUUUGUUGCUGUUUUUGCAAAUUGGUAUCCAAACUGUGGAUGGAUACCAAUCUGGAAAUAUAGAUGAGUGGGUUGGUGUGAGAAGUUACUGGAAAAAAUGUCCUCAUGAAACAUUAUUCUGUCCACAGAACGUCAUCAGUAUCAUGUUGUUAGCAUCAAUAUGACCUGGACUGACGCCCAGAGUUACUGCAGACAGAACUACACUGACCUGGCUACCAUAGAUAAUAUAGAGGAUCUGAACAGUCUGAAUAGCCUUGUUGGUAACAGUAUAGAUGUCUGGUUCUGGAUCGGACUGAAGAAGGACAACUUGAACGACUGGCGUUGGUCUGACAGCAGCUCCUACUCAUUCACCAACUGGGGGAACGGAUAUCCCAUAGACAAUCCUACAGCUAACUGCACUUUAAUUUAUUUCAAUUACCUUAAUCCACAGGAUCAUAAAUAUUUUAAUGCUCCCUGUUAUUACGCAACUAACUUCAUCUGCUACAAUGCCCAGGAGAAAACAACUACCACCCCAAUAACGACAACUUCCACCCGAAUAACAACAACUUCCACCCGAAUAACAACAACUUCCACCCAAAUAACAACAACUUCCACCCCAGUAACAACAACUACCACCCCAAUAACAACAACUACCACCCCAAUAACAACAACUACCACCCCAGUAACCACAACUCCCACCCCAAUAACAACAACUACCACCCCAGUAACAACAACUCCCACCCCAGUAACAACAACUCCCACCCCAAUAACAACAACUACCACCCCAAUAACAACAACUACCACCCCAGUAACCACAACUCCCACCCCAAUAACAACAACUACCACCCCAAUAACAACAACUUCCACCCCAGUAACAACAACUCCCACCCCAAUAACAACAACUACCACCCCAGUAACAACAACUACCACCCCAGUAACCACAACUCCCACCCCAAUAAUAACAACUUCCACCCCAGUAACCACAACUCCCACCCCAAUAACAACAACUACCACCCCAGUAACAACAACUACCACCCCAAAUAACAACAACUCCCACCCCAAUAACAACAACUACCACCCCAGUAACCACAACUCCCACCCCAAUAACAACAACUACCACCCCAAUAACAACAACUACCACCCCAGUAACCACAACUCCCACCCCAAUAACAACAACUCCCACCCCAAUAACAACAACUCCCACCCCAAUAACAACAACUUCCACCCCAAUAACAACAACUUCCGCCCCAAUAACAACAACUUCCACCCCAGUAACAACAACUCCCACCCCAAUAACAACAACUAUCACCCCAAUAACAACUACCACCCCAGUAACCACAACUCCCACCCCAAUAACAACAACUACCACCCCGAUAACCACAUUUCCCACCCUAGUAACCACAACUCCCACCCCAAUCACCGCAACUCCCACCCCAGUAACCACAACUCUCACCCCAGUAACCACAACUCCCACCCCAGUAACCACAACUCCCACCCCAAUAACCACAACUCCCACCCUGAUAACCACAACUACCACCCCAGUAACAACUACCACCCCAGUAACAACUACCAGCCCAAUAACCACAACUACCACCCAAAUAACAACAACUACCACCCCAGUAACAACAACUACAUUCCCAAGUGCACUCACAACCAUGACCACUACCGGCUCCCAGACAACACUCCCAACCAUGACCACUACCAACCCCCUUAUCACAACUACUGUAAACCCAGACUGAAGAGACAGGUGGUGAGAGGGAAGAUCACCCCAAAGGACACAAAAGUGAACCUCAAUAACGAUGUUCUGGAGGCCAUCUUACGAGAGGAGGAGCGGAACUGGAAAGAUGCUCAGAGUUACUGCAGACAGGCUCACACAGACCUAACCAGUGUGAGGAACGAGGCUGAGAACAGAAUUCUGCAGAUGUCAGCGAAUGGACUGUCUGUGUGGAUCGGACUGUUCAGAGUCUCCUGGAAAUGGUCUGACCAGAGUCAAUCCUUUUUCAGAAUGUGGAUCACUGGAAGUCCUUCAACAGAUCUGAGAAAGAACUGCACUCUGAUUUGUUUUCACAUGAAUGACGCCCCUCCCACUCUCACCGUCAGUGAUCCAGGCUUGUUGUACUUGAGCGGCCUGAAACUCCGGCCUGUCUAA